AUGACAUUCAACGACAAGGCGGAUGAUAUGGGCCGUGGUGUGGGGGAUCUUCGCACCCUGUUUGACGAACAUCCCAUCCCAAUACUGUCCCAAGACACUGUUAGUCUGGUUUCAUUUGCAAAGCAAGGAGAAGUGGAACAAGCCUUGGUCAUCGUGGAUGCAUUCAACGCUGCUUUGGCCAACACCGAUAUUGCGGCUCUUCAGACAUGCUUCUUUCCCGAACAAAACUACUGGAAGGAUUCAUUGGCUUUGACAUACCACUUGCGUACCUUUCGCGGCCCAGAGGUCAUUGCCAAGAAUCUGUUCAGAACGAAAGAGGCUAGGCGAUGUGAGGAAGCUUGGAAGUUGGAGGGGGCAGUAUUUGUCCCCGCGACACCUGUUCUUCAAUUCAUCGACGUCACCCUUUCUUUCAGAACGUCAUCUCCCGCAGCUACUUGCAGCGCAAGGGUCCUACUUCUCCCCAUUCAAAACACGGAUGAAGAAAUAGAAUGGAAGAUUUGGAUUCUCAGUACAAAUCUUGAGAACCUGGAUGUCCACCCAGAAGAUACAUUGCUUCUCCAAAACCCUGGUCUCAACCUCGAUGGCAUGAAAACGAUUGAGACAGAUGUAUUCAUCAUCGGUGGUGGUAACAGUGCCGCGGCUCUCUCAGCCUGUCUCAAAGCCUUUGGCGUCGAAAGUGUCAUGGCUGAACGUAAUGCCAAUGUCGGGGACAACUGGGCUUUGCGAUAUGACUGCAUGAAGUUUCAUGUUCCGACUUCAUUCUGCGAAAUGCCGUAUAUGAAUUAUCAGGACGAGUUUAUGGGUGAUCAUCUCCUUAGUAAAGAUGAAUUGGCUGAUCACUUGCGGCGCUUUGUCUCUUGUUUUGAUAUUAACGUCAUCACUUCUGCAAAGAUACAGUCGACCGUCUACGACAAGUUAAACAAAAAAUGGACUAUUGAAGUUAAAACGCCUGCUGCGGUUGUUGUCGUAGCCGCCAAACACGUGGUUCAAGCCACUGGCAUCGCGUCGCAAAAGCCAAACGUUCCCACUAUAACGAACACGAAUACCUACAAGGGUAUCGCUAUCCAUUCUUCGGAUUAUAGGAACGGUCAACACUUGGCAAAGCAGGGUAUCAAGUCCGUUCUCAUUGUAGGCUCUGCAAACACAGCCUUUGAUAUAUUGGAAGAUUGCCACGCUGCCGGUCUUGGAGUAACAAUGGUCGUUCGGUCUCCGACCUACAUCGUUCCGUUGGAGUACAUACAAAACAAAACAAGCUUGGGUGCCUAUGAUCUCGGCGUUGCAGCCGCUGACAGGAUGUUCCUCACGCUGCCAACGGAGAUAAGUGGUCAAUUGGCCCGUAAUCUGUUCCGUAUGCUCGCAUCACAAGAACCAAACCGAUACGAUGGGCUUCGUAAAGCAGGGUUCCCUGUUCUUGAUAGCGCUGAACCUAAUCAGGCGUUAUACUCUAACCUGGUGGAGAGAGCGGGUGGACACUACGUUGAUACCGGUGGUACUGAGUUGUUGGCACAGGGUAGGGCUGGUAUUAAAUCAGGAGUUGAGCCAGUCGCUUUCAUAGAGACAGGUUUCCAGUUUUCGGAUGGGACCACAGCUGAUGCAGACGCUGUGAUAUGGUGCACCGGAUACGCUGACCGUGAUGUUCGUGACAUGGCUGUUGAGAUUUUAGGUGGCGAUGAAAGGGUUCACGAUGAGAACAUGUUGGGCCCUCAGGAAAUUGCAGGUCAUCUUGAUGCUACAUGGGGUGUGGACACGGAAGGUGAAAUUCGCGGUAUGUGGAAACGUCACUUACGUCUUGAAAAUUACUGGGUCAUGGGAGGGUUUACGCAGCAACAUAGAUGGUAUUCUCGAGUUUUGGCACUACAGAUCAAGGCAGCGCUUGAGGGUAUCUUGCCCGAGGCUCAUCUUGAGAGUUGA